AUUUCUGCGCGAUCCUCUUCCUUGGGGUGGGGUUUUCAGGCCGUUCCUCUGAAUUAUGCCGAAAGUAGUGUCCCGGUCUGUAGUCUGCUCCGACACCCGGGACCGGGAGGAAUAUGACGACGGCGAGAAGCCCCUCCAUGUGUACUACUGUUUGUGCGGCCAGAUGGUCCUGGUGCUGGACUGUCAGUUAGAGAAAUUGCCCAUGAGGCCCCGGGACCGGUCCCGUGUGAUUGAUGCUGCCAAACACGCCCACAAGUUUUGUAACACCGAAGAUGAGGAGACAAUGUAUCUUCGGAGGCCUGAAGGCAUUGAACGACAGUACAGGAAGAAGUGUGCAAAGGUGAUGAUGACCAAACGGACUAAAGACAUGGGCAAGUUCAGCUCUGUCACUGUGUCUACCAUUGAUGAAGAGGAGGAGGAGAUUGAGGCUAGAGAAGUUGCUGACUCAUACGCACAGAAUGCCAAAGUGAUCGAAAAACAGCUGGAGCGCAAAGGCAUGAGCAAGAGGCGACUGCAAGAGCUGGCUGAACUCGAAGCCAAGAAAGCGAAAAUGAAGGGUACCUUGAUUGACAACCAGUUCAAAUGACCAUGACCUUUCUCUGAGCACAGACUGGAGGCAAGCAUUUAGAUUAGGAAGGAAAGUAACUUCUUCAUUACAUGGACUGAUUCCUAUUUAUAUCCCAGCAGAAGGCUUUACGUUGCUUCUCAUAGAUUUUCCUACAUUCAGUGAGAUCUUUAACUGAGUCCUUUUGACCUGCUUCCUGGGAGAUGGAUUUUUCUAAAUCUUUGGUGUAUAUAGG